CUUGCCGCGUGCCCCUUCGCGCCACGCUCCGUGUUAUAUUAAAAACACUACAUUUAUCCUGUGUUGUUUGCUAGUUUGCUGCUAGUUUCAGCAGCAAUGCAGUCUUUCAGCCAUCUUUUGUUGGAGUAUCCGGAGAUAAUGUACACCGGGGUCGGCGCUACGGCGUUUGUGGCCGGCGGAGCGCUGAUCUACAGGAUCGCUACCAGAAAGAAGCCGAUCAAUGCCAAUGUGAACUGCUGGUUCUGUAAUCAGGAUAGCGUGGUACCUUAUGGAAACAGGAACUGCUGGGACUGUCCCAACUGUGACCAGUACAAUGGCUUCCAGGAGAAUGGGGAUUACAACAAACCCAUCCCUGCUCAGUAUAUGGAAGAUCUGAACCAUGGAGUGUGUGGCAACCUACCUUCACCUGUGCCACCUAACACACUGCAGUGGGUCAGCUCUCAGAUGCUGCUGUGCAAGAAGUGCAAUAGGAACCAGCCUGCAAAGAUCAAGCAGUUGGCCUCAUUUAUCCCAAGGGAUGAUGAAAAUUAUGAUGAGGAAAUUGAGGCCUACAAGCACCACCUGGAGCAGACUUAUAAAUUAUGCCCACCAUGUCAGGCAGCAGUGGACUACUACAUCAAAUACCAAAACCGCCAGCUUCGAACCGUGCUCCUAAGCCAUCACCUUCGGCGUACCCGAGAUACUAUCAAGGACUUCAUAAAGAGCUCUGUGUCUGUGUCUGCUCCAUUGGGGGUCAUACUUCUAAGAGUCCUCGCCUUCCUGAUCUGUGCUUUCCUACUUGCUACAUCUUUCUGCGGGUUGACCGACCAGCAUACUUCCUCUGGAGGCCCACCGAUAUUGAGCGGAGGGGUCACUCCUCCAAAACCCCACAAUGAGUCCACAUCCAACAGCAAAGUCAAUGGAAGUGUGAAUGUCUGGCAGGAUCUGCUGGAGCGACUCCCCGAUAUGGCCAUAGAAAAUUCCAAGUUGGUCUGGCAGUAUGGAAAGGAGAACCAGAUGGCUGUUGUCUCUCUUGGUCUGUUGACUUGUCUGUCGGCUAUCUUCAUGGCAGGACCUGCGAGGUUGAGAAGAAUUGAUGCUGUGGCCUCUGUCCUUUGGUUCUUCAUCCUGUGCUUGCACCUGGCCGACAGUUACUUGAAUGGUGGCUUAAGCUGGAUGGACACAGCCAAACUCAGCAUUACCUCCCUCUGUUGCCUAGUCAGCUUUGCCGCUGCUGUUGCAACUCGCAAACCCGAGGGUCUACGAAGAACCAGAUAUCGAAGAUACCUUCCUGGCGGCCCUGCAGUCCCACCCUUCAGCAGCCAAUCUCCUCCGUUCUCCCCUGACAUGGCAGAGUCCUUCAUCCCCACUCCGCCCCCUAACAUCGCCAAACUCAUCAACCGCCAAAAGAGUCCACGAGAGCGCAAGGUCUCCCCCUCCUCUCUGCUCGAGCGUCUCAGCAAAGCCCUCUGCCUUGGCACCGUCUCCUCCUUCUCCACGACAGACUCUGGUUACCUGUUUAGCGGAAGCAGACCAGCCUCCCCGUCAUCAGACUACUUUUCGCUGAAGUCAGUGAGCCGCCCUUCAUCCCCAGGCCCAUCUCCACCUCCCUCAGUAUCUGGUUCAGCUAGUGCUAGUUCCAGUUCCAGUUCGGCCAGACAACGCCGCCCUCUGAUCAGUCCUGCUCGACUCAACAUCAGUGGCCGGAAACUCCGACUUUUCUCAACUGAGACUGAAGCUACGAUCAUGUCCCCACCCAUGUCACCAUGUUUUCACAUGUCCUCCUCACAUGUUGCUCAAACCCCCUCCGUUUACAGUGGCUAUUCACCUUCAAUAUCACCUUUCCAGAUCCAACAAGAUUUGAACUCCAUAAUAAGAGAUGGUGUGAGUGAGAAGGAAAAGCAAAGCAGCUCCUCAGAGUCCUCCGCUUGCUUGGUUGGCACUACAACACAGGAGUCAGAGAAACCCCCUCAUGCAAAUGGUUUUUACAAGCGACUUAUGUGGUCCGGGAUUUUAUUAGCAAGCCUGAGUGCCAAUCUGGUCUUCGCCUGCCUCUGUAUGUACAACUGGAAGUGAACUGUUGAUGGGUCUGCUGCUCUUCAAUUGUGACCUGCACGGAGUGAGUCUGCCUCCGGUUGUCAACCCUGUAGACCUGCAGGUCAAUCAGUAAUGUCAGAAAUCAUCUCUGGCAUUUACUUAUUGUUUGCUGAUGCUUAGCAAAAAUGCAGAUAAUUGAUAAUUGUGAUCGGACCUCGUUAGUCUUCUGUUAUGUCACUCCACCUCUUACACGAACACAGGUGCAGGAGAAUUUAAUUUAAAAGGCUCAGUUCUUUGCACUGAUGUCUGAUGGCAUUUUAAAAACCAUGCUGUGAAAUGUGCAAUAACAUGUACUGUUGAGUUAAUGCUGCUUCAACACAGUCAUGACCUCUUCCAACUGAAUUACACUUCUGGUUCUAUACAAUUGCCAAAAACUAAAAAAGCAGCUCAUUGUAGUGAUGUACAGAUUUUCACUGUGUAAAGUCUUCAUUUCACAGCACUGGUAUUUGCCAUUGUCUUUAUUUGUUUAUUCAGCUGGGAAAGAGUGGGGUGUCCAGCUCUAUCCCAGUGUUUUCUGAUAUGGUUUACAGUCAAUAUUUGUAAUAUUAUGGUCAUUCACUACAGAAAUAGUUCCAUCACCAGACUAUUUAAAUGUCUAAUACCUUUUUAGAGACAUCCUGUUCACAGAAGCAGGAUUAGAAAUGAAUGGUGGCUUGAGGGAGAAUGUCCCCCACAACUGUAAAAUUGCCCUUGAUAUUGGCAUGACAGAGGCUUUUAAAUGCCCUUGUGAAAAAUAAAGAGUUAAGUUUUACUCCUCACUGAGCUGUGAACUGAUUUAUACAGUAUGUUCUUACAGACAUUCUGUUCACAAGUCUGUUCAUAAGGAGCUAAACUUUAAAUGGUGAAAAACCAAAAAUAUUACUUUUCAUCUAUAAAAAGAAAUGAUGUUUUUCUAUUGACCAUGUUUUGCAUAUUUGCAUAAGGCAGCGCAGUGAUCAGUACAAGUUUUUCUCCUCACUAGCUGUGAACUAAUUUAUUCAGGACAACCCAAUGUUUUCUAAUCCAAUUUACAGUCAUGUGUAAUAUGAUGGACAUGAAUAACUGCUAACAAAGUGACUCAUGUCACAAUCAUUCACUGCAGAAAUCUCUUCACUAAAUUAUAUUUUCUGUUAUCUCCUGUAGACAUUAUGUUCAGUGUGUAAGGAGCAAAACAUUAUAAAGGUCAAGUAUAAUAACAAAUGUUAGUUGCAAUCUAUUAAAAUCAUGUUUAUAUGAACAUUGUUUUGGUACUGAGGCCAGGAAGUGACAUGGACAUCUUUUAUCUUUUUUUUUUUUUUUUUUUAAUUUUAUUUGAAAAGCAUGUGUGUGUUUUUAUAACUCGCAUGUGCGCUUUAUUAAAAACAUUAUGUCCAUAUCUUUUCCUGGGCCUAUCUUUGCAUAAGGCCGCACAGUAUUCAGGUAGAGGUCUAACCCUUCUAACUGAGCUGUGAACUUAAGUUUGUACAAGACAUUUCAUGUUUGUCUACGUAUAAAAUUGGAAUGAUUUUUGCACCUGUUUUUCAUAACUGUAUUUUCAGUUUUUUUGUUUGGUUGUGUUGUAUUUUGAAUAUGUGAUUUGCACUUGUUGUAUUAGAGAUGAAAGAGCACAGAUGUUUGAUUAUUUUGUGUAUGUUGAACAAAUGAUUUACAAAAGGUUGUAAAUUUUGGGCAUGUAUGUAUAUAAACAGGUUACAGUUCAUGCCUUGCAUGUAGUCAGACUUGUGGUUUUGAUUUAUUUCCACUGAAAUUUAUUGUGGUGUAAAUUGACCACCUGAUUUUUUUUUUUUUUUUUUUUUUUUGAGAAUUCUUUUCUUGAGCAAUUACUGGAUUAUGUGAUUUUUCUUCACAUAUGAGACUUAUGCAAAUUUUAUUUUGUGCUCAUUUAAAGUGCAUUUGUCAAUUUGUUUUGAAGAGUGUAUUUUGAGCUAAAGUGCUAAAAAAAAAGAAGAAAAAACAAAAAAAUUAAGUUUCUGGGAAAACUAAACUAAGCUACUGUAACAAAAAUCCAAAUGACUGGGAUUUAU